AAUAAUGUAUUGGAAGUCUUGUUUUCAAAGGAAUCAACUAUCCCAUUAGCCCAUAACUCAGUCCCAGAGGGACCCUCUAAUUCUUCUGAUAAUUCUAAGAAAGAGGCGGAUGAAGAUAUGUUUUUCAAUGAGGCGAAUCCCACUAAAGUGAACACUGUCACUUCAGACGAUAAUGUAUAUUUUACUGAAUCGAGAUUUGUUCCAUAUUUUGUGACGAUCAUAGCAUCCGGAAGUAACGAUUCUACAGUAUUCGUAUUAUGCAAAAUCGAUCUAUGA